AAAGCUUUCGACGAUUCCAUAUGCCGGUUAUAUAGUCCACUUUGUCGUCGAGAUGUCGGUGGCCAGGUUGCUUACUGGAACACGACGAGAUGGCGCUGUGAGGACGGGAAGCCGACGAGAGGAAUCAACAACGCGACGGCGAGAGGAAUCGACGGCGUAAUGGAGACUUGACGACGGGAGGAAUCGAUGGAAUCGACGGCGUGAUGGCAAGGGGAAUUGACAUCAACGGCGAGAUGGCGACGUGACGACGGGACGCCGACAACGGGAUUGCAUACGGGAAGCGACGGGAAGCUGACGCCGGGAUCGCAGACGUGGCUUCGAUGGAAACUGUUAUAGGGUUGGGAGGAGUACAAAAUUACGGAAAUUAAUUUUUGAAAGUGAGGGUUUCUACCUUUUUAAUUUUAAUCAUUAAUAUCAUUAAAUUUUUAUUAUAUUCCAGUCUUACCCUUGUAGGUAGUUAGCUAAUGAUUACUAAUGUUUUUCUCUCUCCUUCUCCUAUUGGCUGGAAUAGGUUUAAGAUCCUCCUUAAGAAAGGGGGUUAAGGACCUGAUCUGACCCGGAUUUUAGGUGUUGGGGAUCUCUUUUCCGGUCUUUAACCGGUUUUUUUACCUCAAAUCUAAGCCCGAAUAUGAGAUUGUAUUGUUUGCUAUCCGGUCCCAGUCCGGAUUAUACGGUCCGGUUUCGGGUAAAACCAAACAGUCCGGGACCAAAUAGCCCGAUGUAAUGGCUUUUUUACCCGAAGAAGAAAAGUUAAUGACCAUUCCCAAAGUUGCAUGACUAUUUAUGUAACUGACCUCAAAUAAAUGGCACGUGCGUGAUCAUGGGGAAAAGUUCAUCAUCUCUACGACCCUUCCUGGGGCCGUCGCGCCAACAACCCUUCUCCUUUCAAUGACAGCCGUCCGCCGUUCGUUUCAUAAAUAUUUUUCUACUCACAACCUGCCCCGAGAAAUAAAUACGAGCAGAAAAAAGAUAUUUCUGACUUUCUACUUUCCAGAUCCCACCCGCAUUUCCCCGCCACACAAACUACCGCAGUCCUCCCAUGGCGUUUCAUUCAACUCCCAGUUUCCAAUUUUUAUGAGAUUCACAAAUCUGCAAUGUCGGAUUUGAUGCCGCUCUCUUCUGUUACUGCUUUUGCAUCUCUGAAUUUUGAUUUUUGUCGAUUGUUGUCACAAAUCUGUAGAAAGAAGCUGAAUCGAAACAAUGCUGCUGCGAAGCUCUUCAACCCCAGUUCUAGGAUCCCUUGUUUCGUCAAUCAACGACGGCGGCCCGAAUGUUAUUAACCACCAUGAGAGCAGCAGCUGCAGUCCUGGCCUGUUCAAGCAUCAGCCCGGCUUUUCCAAGUUCCCCAGCUACCAUUCCUCUCCCAGUAUGUCCCCUGACCCUUCCCUAGGUGGGUUUCGCCGCUCUCGUUCCGACGGCAACUUGGAAGCGCUGGCGGCGUAUGAUUGCGGCGGCGGCAACAGCAGCAAGUCCGCAGAUGAGGAAGCCCACAUCAGCCCUCUUCCCCCGCGGUUCCCAGUGGGGAAGCCCGCCAGGUGUUUCAUGUUGGAGACGAUUCCUUCCUUCUCGUUUUACAACUCGAGGUACCAUUACGAGGAAGAUGAGGAAGAGGAGGAAGACAGCGAGGAUGUGGAAGAUGAGGAGGAACCCUACGACGAGGGGAUUUCUGCUGGAUUGGGAUUGAGUGAGCAGAUGGGGAAGAUGGGUUUGAGUGAUGGGAAGGUGAAUGUUAUGGAAGUUGGUUACUAUAGGGAUGAGAUGCAUAUUGCGAGAGGCCUUGGCAUUGAGCUGCUCCCCACUUACCCUGGUGGCGGAGGUGGUGAUGGUGGUGGUGGAAGCGGCCGUGGUGGCAUUGGUGGCGGUGGAGGAGGAUAUACUCCGGCGGGUGGAGAUGGUGGAGACAUGCGAGGGACAGAGGAUUACUACAAGAGAAUGGUGGAGGACAACCCUGGCAACCCUUUGUUCUUGAGGAACUAUGCUCAGUUCUUGCAUCAGACUAAGAAAGAUAUGAAGGGAGCAGAAGAGUACUACUCGCGAGCAAUCUUGGCCGAUCCAAACGAUGGGGAGAUUCUGUCUCAGUAUGCAAAAUUGAUAUGGGGGCUUCACCGUGAUGAAGACAGAGCCUCUACCUACUUUGAACGUUCAGUUCAAGCUUCCCCUCAAGAUAGCCAUGUUCAUGCUGCAUAUGCGAGCUUUCUGUGGGAAGCCGAGGAUGAUGAGGAUGAAUGUGGUGUUGCUCAAGAAAUGGAUGCAAUCGCAGCGCCUCAACGAUUUCACCAGGGUUCCAUGGCUUCUGCAGGAGCUUAAGGGAGCCGCGCUGCUUAGUUGGUAAUGUUUCAGGACCUGUGAAAACCAGAACGCAACUGUAGUAUGUAUAUAGGAGCCUGAGAGGAUGUAAUCCAUGACGGUCAGACUAUUUGGAUGAUAAGUGUAGAAUGGUAUAAGAGAGGGAAAUGAAAAUGGACCUUCCCUCGUCGUGUAUGUUAUCUUUCCUUCAGAUUCAGAGCUGUCAAAGAACUUUGCUUCUCUUACCAGCCUUCUCCUUCCCUUUUCCCCCAUCAACUUUCUACCACCAUAGUAGGGCUUGGCUAUCAAUGGCUUUGCAAUGUCAUGUGCAACAAAUCGAUCAACGCCGAGAUGGAUUUGUCCAGUUCAUCCAUGUUGUAGUUCGUGAUGAAUUGAGCAUAACUCGUUCGAUACGAAUACGAAGAACUCAAAAGCUACCAUCAAAGACCUUCAGCUAGCCUAAAAACUGGGAGUAAAGAAAAUGUGAUUUCAGAC